UACAACACAGCAUUUGACAGCCGGGUUUAGGAGGACGCACAAUGAUGGAAACCAACGGUAUCCAGCUCAAAAGUGCAAACCACGCCAACGAAAAUGGCGUGGACAACCCAGCUUUUGACAUAGAGGAGGACAACAUGACGGACUGUAGCAGUGUCAAAGGGCAGACUAAAAAGACAAAAAAGGGUUUGGGAUCAUACCUGAGCCAAGUUUCCAAGCCGAUUAAUGCCACAGAGGAUUACAUCAAGACUCACUUAAAAACCUUCAAAUACAUUGUGCUGGGAAUACUUGGAGCAGGUUAUGUGGCAUACUUCAUUGCAGCCUGUGUAUUGGAUUUCCAGAGGGCCAUCGCUCUUGUGGUCCUCACCAGUUUGGCUGUUGUUGUACAAUCUUAUCAACUUUUGAAGACAUACAAGGGAGAAAGCAUCAGUCAGUGUUUCAGACCUGCAGUACGAUGCUUUAAAUCUAACUUCAAAUGGAUAAAAUGUGUUUUCAACUUUAUUGUUGUGGCCCUGCUUGUUUUUUGGCUCGUCUGGGACACGAACACACGUCCUGAGCAGCUCAUUUCAUUUGGAGGUGUGUGCAUGUUCGUUGUGCUUUUGUUCAUCUUCUCAGCACAUAGGACAGCGGUGUCAUGGAGGCCCGUCUUCUGGGGUCUCGGGAUGCAGUUCUGUAUUGGCCUUUUUGUUAUAAGAACAGAGCCUGGACUUAUAGCUUUCGAAUGGCUUGGAAGACAAGUACAGAUAUUCCUCGACUACACCAAAGAAGGCUCAGGAUUUGUUUUUGGGGAUCUGAUCGGAGACAUUUUUGCCUUUCAAGCUUUGCCCAUUGUUGUGUUCUUCAGCAGUGUGAUGUCAGUCCUUUACUUUUUGGGCAUAAUGCAGUGGCUCAUUCUGAAGAUCUCAUGGCUUAUGCAGAUAACAAUGGGAACCUCUCCCACUGAGACCUUGAGUGUUGCAGGCAAUAUAUUUGUUGGGCAGACUGAGGCGCCGCUGCUGAUUCGCCCCUAUUUACAAGACAUGACCAAAUCUGAGAUCCAUGCUGUAAUGACUGGAGGAUUUGCCACAAUUGCAGGCAGUGUCAUGGGGGCAUUCAUCUCAUUUGGGAUUGAUGCAUCUUCCUUGAUAUCAGCCUCUGUUAUGGCUGCUCCCUGCGCAUUGGCCAUCUCCAAGCUGUCUUACCCAGAGACAGAGGAAAGUCCUUUCAAGUCAGAUCAGAAUAUCAAAGUGUCCUGUGGUGAUGAACGGAACAUUUUGGAGGCUGCCAGCAGUGGAGCGUCUGCCUCAAUAGGUCUUGUUGCUAACAUUGCAGCAAACUUGAUAGCCUUUCUCGCCAUCCUCGCGUUCAUAAAUCAAGCUUUGAGCUGGUUUGGAGGUAUGGUGGGAUAUCCUGGUCUCACAUUUGAGUUAAUUUGCUCUUAUGUGUUCAUGCCUGUGGCUUUCAUGAUGGGAAUACCAUAUGAGGAGAGUUUCAUCAUUGCUGAACUAAUUGGCACAAAGCUCUUCCUCAAUGAGUUUGUGGCUUAUGAGAAAUUGUCUGAAAUGAAGAACAACAGACUAAAUGGACUUGACGGAAAAACAAUUUCUAUCCGAUCAGAAGUAAUCACCACUUAUGCUCUGUGUGGGUUUGCCAACUUCAGCUCACUGGGAAUUGUGAUUGGAGGCCUUUCGUCUAUAUGCCCAAAUAGAAGAUCUGAUAUCUCGUCUCUGGUGUUGAGAGCUAUGAUCACCGGGACUUGUGUUUCUCUUGUCAAUGCUUGCAUUGCAGGGCUCCUCUUUGUUCCUCCACUUGACUGUGUGGAGCUGUUCAAGGCAUCUGCUUUCAAUGCCACAGAUGCAAACAUAGGAACUUGCUGUAAUGAACUCUUUCAAAGCACUGUAAACAAUGGGACCAUCUCAUUUGAAGGAUCAUGGAGCACAGUAGCAAAUGUCACAGUGUUUUUCUCUAAAUGUUGUCAGUGUUGUGGUCUAUCUGGUGUGUCAGUUUGUAAUUAGAGAAAAAAAUAUCAGUGUUUGUUUUUAAUUCGGCUUUCA